AUGGCCGUCGCCUCGACGCCGCUCGUCGCGGCACCAUCGUGCCCGGCCUGGGCGAAGCAUCGUCGCGGGCGCCAGCCGCAGUUCGACGGCAAGCCGUGCGAGCCUGCUAAGGAGGAGGACAUGUGGCUGUGCCUGGCCGACGGCCGCGCGCGCAGCACCGCCGACCUGAAGCGCCUGGCGACAGCCGCUCGGGUGCGAGCGAAACGAGCAAGAGAUGCAGCCGCCGCGAACACGCGCGAUCGGCAGGCGCGCGACCAGCGCCGCCGGCAGCGUGAGCAGCACGACCGGCGCGCAGCGCCGGCGGUCGCCAAGACCAAAGAGAGCGCCCACUUGCGCAAGCUCAAGCACAACCCCGUGCUCGCCAUCUGGGAGGCGGGCUACGCCGACGGGGAGGGCGUCUGGGAUGCCGCGCGCGCGGCGUACUUUGCGGGCGAGCUUGCCAAGCGAAGCGCAAAGGACGGACGCAAACGGCGCCGUGGCGCCGGCGCCGCGAGCGCAAGAAAGAAGCAGGCCGCACCCACAGCCCGGUCGCCCGCCGACGCGAGUGACGGAGAGGGUGACGAGCAGAUGCGCGACGCAUCAGACGCGCAGGAUGACGGGCAGCUCCUGCACACUGCUGCUGUGUUGCGGCGCAAGCUGGGCGUGCACAUUGAGGUUUUCAACGGCACUGCCUUCGCCGAGCUUGACGGCACCGCGAUGUUCGGCCUCGACAGCACGACCGGGAACGCUGAGGGGUCGUCCCUCAUGCUCCACAAGCGCACCAAGACUCGCGAGGGGUUGGGGCGCGGGCCAGCGGUGGGCGAACACAGAGUGCGCGUGCGGACGGUGAACGCACUCAGCGUGAUCCGUCACGCGCCGCCUGGGCCGGUCGCGCUCAAAAUUGACGUUGAGGGGUAUGAGGGACGGCUCAUGCGCAACCUCCUCCUCUCGGGCGUGCUGUGUCAGCGCGUGCAGAAUUUGUUCGUGGAGUGGCAUCUGAUGGCAAGCCAGGUUGACAAGCGCGAUCUGCACCACCCGGAUGAAGACAUCGAGAUGCCCCCCCAAACGAUGGCAGUGUACAAGUGGAUGCUGAGCACCUUCAAUCCAAAGGCGAAAGCACUAGGGCGCAACUGGCAACCGCUUGCCGACAGCUCGUGUAAUUUGACACUGUUGAAUUGGAGUUGA